GCUCCAGGAGGCGGGCGCCCCAGGCGGCGGCGGCGGCGGCCGCGACGGUGGUGGCAGCGGCGCGGGCCGGGAAACUUUGCCCCUUUGUGCGCGCCGCCCCGGAGGCGGCGGGCAGGCAGCGCUGCCUUCUCCGUCAUCCUGACCCAGGAGGAGAAAUAUCAGGAGGAGAAACUCCUCACCCUGCCCUGCCCCACCACACCCACCUGUUCACCUCAUGCCUGGGUCCAGGGUGGGUGAGGGUGAAGAGUCCACCCAGCCAAGAUGAUCCCUUCUCUGGGGACUGCUGCUGAUGUCCUCCCUCAGACCCUGGGUCCCAGCAAGUGGGAGAGUGGUCCCCAACUGAGCCCUAUCAGACUGCUGCAGAGGAGGUGAAGAGGUGUUGAGAAGAGGCGCCCAUCUGGGAGACUGGAGCUACUUGCCUUCACCUUGUAGACUUUUGACUGUUUUAGGAGAGAAGGACCUGUUGGUGGCCUUUGUAGGCAGGCAGGAAGCUGGACUGUGGCUCCUCCCUGGCACCUAUGCCCCCCCUUCUGGCAGCAUCAUGAGCCAGUUUCAGGUGCCCCUGGCAGUCCAGCCGGACCUGCCAGGUCUUUAUGACUUCCCUCAGGGCCAGGUGAUGAUAGGGGGCUUCCAGGGGCCUGGGCUCCCAAUGGCUGCGAGUGAACCUCAACUCCGAGGGGGUGGAGAUGGGCGAAAGAAACGGAAACGGUGUGGUACUUGUGAGCCCUGCCGGCGGCUGGAAAACUGUGGGGCUUGCACCAGCUGUACCAAUCGCCGCACACACCAGAUCUGCAAACUGCGCAAAUGUGAGGUGCUGAAGAAAAAAGUGGGGCUUCUCAAGGAGGUGGAAAUAAAGGCUGGUGAAGGAGCUGUGCCGUGGGGACAAGGAGCUGCUGUCAAGACAGGCUCAGAGCUCAGCCCAGUUGAUGGACCUGUUCCAGGUCAGAUGGACUCAGGGCCAGUGUACCAUGGGGACUCAAGGCAGCUAAGCGCCUCAGGGGCGCCGGUCAAUGGUGCUAGAGAACCCGCUGGACCCAGCCUGCUGGGGGCUGGGGGUCCUUGGCGAGUAGACCAGAAGCCCGACUGGGACGCUACCCCAGGCCCAGCCCACACUGCUCGCCUGGAAGAUGCCCACGAUCUGGUGGCCUUUUCGGCUGUGGCCGAAGCUGUGUCCUCUUAUGGGGCCCUUAGCACCCGGCUCUAUGAAACCUUCAACCGUGAGAUGAGUCGCGAGGCUGGGAACAACAGCAGGGGACCCGGGUCAGGGCCCGAGAGCUGCUCUGCUGGCAGUGAAGACCUUGACACGCUGCAGACAGCCCUGGCCCUCGCUCGGCAUGGCAUGAAACCACCCAACUGCAACUGCGAUGGCCCAGAAUGCCCUGACUACCUCGAGUGGCUGGAGGGGAAGAUCAAGUCUGUGGUCGUGGAGGGCGGGGAGCAGCGGGCCAGGCUCCCAGGGACUCUGCCUCCGGGUGAGGCUGGCCUCCCAGCACCAAGCACGAGGCCACGCCUCAGCUCCGAGGCCCCCCAGGUACCUCCCCCAGAGGGUCUGCCUCUGUCCCAGAGUGCCCUGAGUAUUGCCAAGGAGAAAAACAUCAGCCUGCAGACCGCCAUCGCCAUCGAAGCCCUCACACAGCUCUCCUCUGCCCUCCCCCAGCCUUCUCACUCCACCUCCCAGGCUUCUUGCCCCCUUCCUGAGGCCUUGUCCCCUCCCGCCCCUUUCAGAUCUCCCCAGUCCUACCUCCCGGCCCCCUCGUCGCCUGUGGUCCCUCCUGAAGAGCACUCAUCCUUUGCUCCUGAGAGCCCUGCCUUCCCUCCAGCAACUCCUAGAACAGAGUUUCCUGAAGCAUGGGGCACUGAUACCCGACCAGCAACACCCCGGAGCUCUUGGCCCAUGCCCCGCCCAAGCCCUGACCCCAUGGCUGAACUGGAGCAGUUGUUGGGCAGUGCCAGUGAUUACAUCCAGUCAGUAUUCAAGCGGCCCGAGGCCCUGCCCACCAAGCCCAAGGUCAAGGUUGAGGUGCCCUCUUCCUCCCCAGCCCCAGCUCCAUCCCCCUCCCCCAUUCUCCAGAGGGAGGCUCCUACACCAUCCUCUGAGCCUGACACCCACCAGAAGGCCCAGACCGCCCUGCAGCAGCACCUCCACCAUAAGCGCAGUCUCUUCCUGGACCAGGCCCACGAUGCCUCCUUUCCUGCUCCCGUGGAACCUCCUGCUCCCAGCUGGUGGGCACCAUCAAGCUCGCCUGUGCCACGGCCUCCAGACAGACUGCCCAAGGAGAAGAAAAAGAAGCCCCUGACACCAGUUGGAGGUCCCCUGGGAACUGAGAAAGUUGUUCCUGGGAUCAAGCCCAGUGUCCGGAAGCCCAUUCAGAUCAAGAAGUCCAGGCCGCGGGAAGCGCAGCCUCUCUUCCCACCUCUGAGGCAAAUCGUCCUGGAAGGGCUGAGGUCCCCAGCCUCUGAGGACGCGCAGGCACAUCCACCUCUCCCCGUCCCCGCCUCACAGGGCUCUGCUGUUCCCCUGCCCCCAGAACCUUCUCUUGCGCUAUUUGCACCUAGUCCCUCCGGGGACAGCCUGCUGCCCCCUACUCAGGAAAUGAGAUCCCCCAGCCCCAUGGCAACCCUGCCACCAGGCUCCGCUGGCCCUCUUCCCACCGCCGAUGACAAGCUGGAAGAGCUCAUUCGGCAGUUUGAGGCUGAAUUUGGGGAUAGCUUUGGGCUUCCUGGCCCCCCGUCUGUUCCCAUUCAGGAUCCCGAGAACCAGCCAACGUGUCUCCCAGCCCCCGAGAGCCCUUUUGCCACCCGCUCCCCCAAGCAAAUCAAGAUCGAAUCUUCGGGGGCGGUGACUGUGCUCUCAACCACCUGCUUCCAUUCAGAGGAGGGGGGCCAGGAGGCCACGCCCACCAAGGCAGAGCAUCCACUCACACCCACGCUCAGCGGCUUCCUGGAGUCCCCUCUUAAGUACCUGGACACACCCACCAAGAGUCUGCUGGACACACCUGCCAAGAGAGCCCAAGCCGAGUUCCCCACCUGCGACUGCGUUGAACAAAUAGUGGAGAAAGAUGAAGGUCCGUAUUAUACUCACCUUGGAUCUGGCCCCACGGUAGCCUCUAUCCGGGAACUCAUGGAGGAGCGGUAUGGAGAGAAGGGGAAAGCCAUCCGGAUCGAGAAGGUCAUCUACACCGGGAAGGAGGGGAAGAGCUCACGUGGCUGUCCCAUUGCAAAGUGGGUGAUCCGCAGGCACACGCUGGAGGAGAAGCUGCUGUGCCUCGUGCGGCAGCGGGCGGGCCACCACUGCCAGAAUGCCGUGAUCGUCAUCCUUAUCCUGGCCUGGGAGGGCAUCCCCCGCAGCCUGGGAGACACACUCUACCAGGAGCUCACUGAUACCCUCCGGAAGUACGGGAACCCCACCAGCCGGAGAUGUGGCCUCAACGAUGACCGGACCUGCGCUUGCCAAGGCAAAGACCCCAACACCUGCGGUGCCUCCUUCUCCUUUGGUUGUUCCUGGAGCAUGUACUUCAACGGCUGCAAAUAUGCUCGGAGCAAGACGCCUCGAAAGUUCCGCCUUGCCGGGGACAACCCCAAAGAGGAAGAAGUGCUCCGAAAGAGUUUCCAAGACCUGGCUACCGAAGUUGCGCCCCUGUACAAGCGGCUGGCCCCCCAGGCCUACCAGAACCAGGUGACCAAUGAGGAAAUAGCGAUCGAUUGCCGCCUGGGGCUGAAGGAAGGGCGGCCCUUCUCGGGGGUCACGGCCUGCAUGGACUUCUGUGCCCACGCCCACAAGGACCAGCAUAACCUCUACAACGGCUGCACAGUGGUCUGUACCCUGACCAAGGAAGACAAUCGCUGCGUGGGCAAGAUUCCCGAGGACGAGCAGCUGCACGUGCUCCCCCUGUACAAGAUGGCCACCACGGAUGAGUUUGGCAGUGAAGAGAACCAGAAUGCCAAGGUGGGCAGCGGGGCCAUCCAGGUGCUCACUGCCUUCCCCCGCGAGGUCCGGCGCCUGCCAGAACCCGCCAAGUCCUGCCGCCAGCGGCAGCUGGAAGCUAGGAAGGCGGCAGCCGAGAAGAAGAAGAUUCAGAAGGAGAAGCUAAGCACCCCAGAGAAGAUCAAGCAGGAGGCCCUGGAGCUGGCUGGCAUCUCCACUGACCCAGGCCUGUCUCUGAAGGGCGGGUUGUCCCAGCAGAGCCUGAAGCCCUCCCUCAAGGUGGAACCACAGAACCACUUCAGCUCCUUCAAGUACGGCAGCAACGCGGUGGUGGAGAGCUACUCGGUGCUGGGCAACUGCCGGCCUUCGGACCCGUACAGCAUGAACAGCGUGUACUCGUACCACUCCUACUAUGCACAGCCCAGCCUGACCUCUGUCAAUGGCUUCCACUCCAAGUUCGCUCUUCCAUCGUUCAGCUACUAUGGCUUUCCAUCCAGCAACCCUGUCUUCCCCUCUCAGUUCCUGGGGCCUGGCACCUGGGGGCACACAGGCAGCGGUGGCAGUUUCGAGAAGAAGCCAGACAUCCACGCUCUGCACAACAGCCUGAGCCCAGCCUACGGUGGUGCUGAGUUUGCCGAGCUGCCUGGCCAGGCUGUUCCCACAGAUACCCACCACCCCACUCCUCACCACCAGCAGCCUGCUUAUCCAGGCCCCAAGGAGUAUCUGCUCCCCAAGGCCCCCCAGAUCCACCCAGUGUCCAGGGACCCCUCUCCCUUUGCACAGAGCUCCAACUGCUACAACAGGUCCAUCAAGCAAGAGCCAGUAGACCCACUGGUCCAGGCCGAAUCCAUACCCAGAGACCCUGGUAAGAUGGGCAAAAUGCCUUUGCCCGAGGCAUCUCAGAAUGGGGGACCCAAUCACCUAUGGGGACAGUACUCAGGAGGCUCAAGCAUGUCCCCCAAGAGGACUAACAGUGUGGGUAGCAGCUGGGGUGUGUUCCCUCCGGGGGAAAGCCCUGCCAUCAUCCCCGAUAAGCUCGGUUCUUUUGGGGCUGGCUGCCUGACCCCUUCCCACUUCCCAGAUGGCCAGUGGGGGCUGUUCCCUAGUGACGGGCAGCAGUCAGCCCCCCAGCCUGGAGGACGGCUGCGAGGCAAACCGUGGAGCCCCUGCAAGUUUGGAAACAACACCUCGGCCUUGGCUGGGCCCAGCCUGACUGAGAAGCCGUGGGGGGUGGGGGCAGGGGAUUUUACCUCUGCCCUGAAAGGUGGUCCUGGGUUCCAAGACAAGUUGUGGAGCCCCCUGAAAGGGGAGGAGGGACGGAUUCCAACCCCGGGGGCCAGCCAGCUGGACAAAGCCUGGCAGUCCUUCAGCAUGCCCCUGGGCUCCAGCGAGAAGCUGUUUGGGGCCCUGAAGUCCGAGGAGAAGCUGUGGGAUCCCUUCAGCCUGGAGGAAGGGAUGGCUGAGGAGCCCGCCAACAAGGGGGCAGUGAAGGAGGAGAAGGGCGCCGUGGACGAGGAGGAAGAAGAGCUGUGGUCUGACAGUGAACACAACUUCCUGGACGAGAACAUCGGCGGCGUGGCCGUGGCGCCCGCUCACGGCUCCAUCCUCAUCGAGUGUGCCCGACGGGAGCUGCAUGCCACCACGCCCCUCAAGAAACCCAACCGCUGCCACCCCACCCGCAUCUCGCUGGUCUUCUACCAGCACAAGAACCUCAACCAGCCCAACCACGGGCUGGCCCUCUGGGAGGCCAAGAUGAAGCAGCUGGCGGAGAGGGCACGGGCGCGGCAGGAAGAGGCCGCCCGGCUGGGCCUGGGCCAGCAGGAGGCCAAGCUCUAUGGGAAGAAGCGUAAGUGGGGCGGCGCAGUGGUCAACGAGCCCCAACAUAAGGAGAAGAAGGGGAUUGUCCCCACCCGGCAGGCGCUGGCUAUGCCCACAGACUCAGCGGUCACCGUGUCCUCCUACGCCUACACAAAGGUCACUGGUCCCUACAGCCGCUGGAUCUAGGUGCCAGGGUGCCAGCGUACCUCAGCGUCGGGCCCGGCCCGAGCUGCCUCUGUGGUGCUUUUGCCCUCACACCUGGGGGCGGGUUGGGGGUGCAGAAGUCUUUUUAUCUAUAUAUACAUAUAUAGAUAUGCAUAUAUAUGUAUUUAUGGUCCAAACCUCAGAACUGACCCGCCCCUCCCUUCCCCCCACUUCCCCAGCACUUUGAAGAAGAAGCUACGGCUGUCGGGUGAUUUUUUUCGUGAUCUUAAUAUUUAUAUCUCCACAUUGGCUUUUUUCCCCCCCUUGUUUGGGGGGCUUUUAUUUUCUCUUGUUUUUAAAACUCUAUCCUUGUAUAUCACAAUAAUGGAAAGAAAGUUUAUAGUGUCCUUUCACAAAGGAGUAGUUUUAAA